AUCACGUCAGUAUCAUAAAGAAAUUUGACUGUAUUAUCAUCUACAAAGGAAAAUGAAGUCUUUGUUCCUGCUGCUUUGCAUAUUUGGGAUCUUUGCUUCUGCUAAAAGUUGUAAUAACACAAUUGCAAAAGAUUGCAAGGAGUUGCACGAAAAUGGUCAAAACUGUAGUGGUGUUUACACCAUAAAACCUGAUCAUUUACCUGCUUUUGAGGUUUACUGUGAUAUGAGCUUGGGUGUUGGGUAUACUGUCUUUCAAAGGAGAAUGGAUGGUACAGUCAACUUCUAUCAAGAUUGGGCCAAUUACUUGAAAGGUUUUGGAGACCUCAGGGGAGAGUUCUGGCUGGGACUCGAUAAAAUACACCGUCUCACCAAAAGCUUCAACACUAGCCUACGUAUUUACAUGGAAGAUUUCGCAGGAGUAAAAACUCAUGCGGUCUAUUCUAAAUUUAGUUUGAAAGGUGCAGAUGAGAAGUAUUCAUUAAAAGUAUCAGGUUAUUACAUUGGCAAUGCUGGAGAUAGCUUGACUCAGCACAAUGGUAAGAGAUUCACCACUCGUGAUCAAGACAAUGAUGAUAGUCAAACCGUCAAUUGUGCUUUUGCAUCUCGAGGAGCAUGGUGGUAUUCUUCCUGCCAUAACUCAAAUCUAAAUGGCUUGUAUUUGGCUGGCCAUCAUCCUUCAAAUGGAAAUGGAGUCAAUUGGAGUAGCUGGAGGGGUAUCAAUUACUCUUUGAGGAUUACGGAAAUGAAAGUAUUAAGGCAUUAAGUCUUGUCAUGCUAAAUCUCAUGCUGAACACUGUAGUUUCUGCUUAGACUAAUAGUAGAUUUGUCUAGGUCAUCAUGUAGUUUAUGAUAAUAAUAUUAUUUUAUUUUUAAUGAUAAAAAAUUAUUAUUAU